CGACUAGUCGACUACCCUCAUCUGCGUCAUUCAUCGAUCUGGAUUAACUCGAGUAGUAAUGGCGUGGUAUACUGACCGAGGAUGGAUGUAUGAAAAGACCGAUAGUAAUGGAUUUCUUAAUUCUGAAUACUGUGACAAUGUCGAAUUGUUUUUGGACUUCGCAUUUUCUAAAGAAGAAGUGGUUGAUACGUGGGUGAAUAUGCAUGGUGAGACAAAACGUAACAUAAAAUGUCCUUGUUAUAAAUGCCAAAAUAUAAGUUACAGAGACAGAGCCACUGUACAAAAACACUUGUUUAAGGAUGGUUUCAUGCUUCGUUAUGAAAUAUGGAGUGAACAUGGUGAAAAGUCCAACCACGAUGUUGGACAAUCUUCUACUACAAUGGAGAUUGAUGAUGAUGAUGAUGAUGAUGGUUGCAAACGUAUGGUGUUAGAUAACUUGUGUUCAUGCGAUUAUACUUCAAGUACAUUGGAAGGACGUGUACCGAAUCCAGAAGCAAAAAGAUUCUAUGACAUGUUAGAAGCUGCUGAUGAACCUUUGUGGGAGGGCGAAAAGGCUACAAGUUUUUCAAAGUUACAAGCUGCUACGAGUUUUUUGACAUGGAAAUCACUUUUCAAUGUGUCAACUGCAGCUUACAACUUUAACAUUUCCAUGAUUAAUGCAAUGUUGCCCGAAAAUAAUAAACUUCCAAAAAGCUUUUAUGAUACGAAGAAGAGUUUAGAACCAUUGAGUCUUCCAUACGAGAGAAUUGAUGUUUGCAAAAACCAUUGCAUGAUAUUCUAUAAGCAAGACAAGGCAUUGACACAUUGUAAAUAUUGUAAGGAAUCUCGUUACAAAAGUGUCUUGAAUAAGGUACCUAAUUUGGUGAUGUGGUACAUGCCAAUUGGUCCUAGACUUAAAAGGUUAUAUAUGUCUACAAAAACGGCCAAAGAUAUGACUUGGCACCAUGACCACAAAACAAAAGAGGGUAGCAUGGCACAUCCUAGUGACGGCAUGGCUUGGAAGCAUUUUGACUCGGAGAAUCCUGACUUUGCAAAAGAGAUUCGCAAUGUUCGUCUUGGGUUAUGCACUGACGGUUUCAAUCCAAAUAACUCUAACUCAAUUCCUUACUCAUUGUGGCCCGUCUUUCUUACAAUCUAUAACUUACCACCUUGGAUGAGUAUGAAAGACUCGUUUGUUGAAGUAAGUUUGAUUAUUCCGGGUGGAAAGAGUCCAGGUCAAAACAUCGAUGUUUUUCUAAGACCCUUAAUAGAUGAGUUGAAAGAGUUGUAUGGAGAAGGCAUUGAAGUUUAUGAUGCUUAUCGUAAAGAAAAUUUCAUUAUGAGAGUUAUUCUUUUGUGGACAGUUAGUUGA